GAAUCCAACACAGAAACGAGCUUGCGUCGUGGCGUAGCCAAUUAAGUAACUUUUGUACAUUUUCUACCGCCGGUUCCGCCGCACACUGCACACAGCACACCUCCAACAACCUCCUAAGCAACAUAAUGGUUUACCAAGUGAAAGACAAGGCUGACCUCGAUGCCCAGCUGCAGCAGGCAGGCAACAAGCUGGUGAUCGUGGACUUUUAUGCCACCUGGUGCGGCCCCUGCAAGAUGAUUGCACCCAAGCUGGUGGAGCUGGCCACGCAGUACGCCGACAAUGUUGUCGUUCUCAAGGUCGAUGUGGAUGAGUGUGAGGACAUUGCCGUGGAAUACAACAUCUGCAGCAUGCCCACAUUUGUGUUCCUCAAGAACAGCCAGAAGAUCGAAGAGUUUGCUGGCGCGAAUGCCCAAAAGCUGGUGGAUGUCAUUAAGGCCAAUAUCUAAGAUGGGAGUGAGGAAUGCCAUUCCUCUGCGACACCUCUACGAGUUCUACAUAACAUUUAGUUAAUUAUUCCAUAAGCGAAGAUCAGGAGGAUCAGGAUGAGGUUCAGGAGUGUUGUUUGCUGUAACCCAAAAGUAAUUGAGAACUGCAGUGCAGCUCCUGAAAUAAGUGGAGCGGCGCAUUCGCAGCAGCAACAGUAAAGUGAGAUAACUAGUGGCUUUUAAUCGUUUAAAUAUUUGCUUAAUUAACAAUCAAAAAACACAACAAAACGAAUUGUAGAGACAUUUGUACACCACCCACAUAAGCGUAAAAAAA